AUGCUCCUCCUCUUGCUCCUUUCUACGUUCCUGGAUCAGUCUGGCAUCAACGCAGCUUCAUUCAGAGACCACCGGCUAAGAGGCGCCGAAUCAAAUGCACCCUCCCCGAAUGAAGACAUGCUAAAAGCUCUCGAGUACAUUCAAAAUCUACGCCAAAACGCUAAAUCGCAAGACCAACAAUCUCCAGACUUUGAAAGAUCUCUGGGACGAGAUCAACAAAGCGUAGAACCACGAUUAGAAGAUAAAAGCGAAGAGUUGUUGCAAGCUGUUUUGAGUACGCUUCAGCAGACAGAAAAAGAGGGAAAACCGAAUUCAAAAAGUGAUAACGCAAAAGUUCAACCGAUAACUCCGCACAAAGAGAUGCCAUUAUUGUUCGAAGACGAUGAAAAAGCCGAUGCUGAGGAUGCCGAAGAGGAAAUGGAUCAUUCAGACAAUUAUAAACGCACAAAUGAAAACGUGGAAGAGAAAUAUACGCCACAAAAUCUGGCAACACUACAGUCUGUCUUCGAUGAGCUUGGUAAAAUGAAUUUCAAUUUCAAUUCCAAGCGGGAAAACAGCGAAGAAGACGAUGGUUUGUUUAAUACAAGAGAUGCUGUAUAUGAUGAAGGCGACUGGGAUCAAGAGGAAGAAGAGGAGGGUAGGCAAGAAUUUGAGCGCGCAUUGGAUUAUUUAGAAGAUACUGAACAAGAUAAUGAACAAGAAAAUGAUGCGAGCUUUAUAACCAAAAGAUCUCAAGACCAAGAUGAAGGCGAGAUGGCGAACCUAGCUGACUUUUAUUUGCUGAAGGUUUUGGAGCAGACGGAAGAGGAGGAGCAGAAGAAAAGGGAGAUCGAAGAGGAGGAAGAGGAGGAGAGGAGGGAGAGGAGCGCGACUGAGUUUAAAAACAACAUCGACCCCAAAAUGAUUUACAGACUUCUACAGAUUUCGCAAAAGUACCAAAUCCCGCCCGAAGAUCUCGUCGAUAUGUUGAGAACCGGCGAAAUUACCAGACUAAAAGUUGCACCGAUUUACACUAAAAAGACCUACAAAAAACCUGAUUAUUUCACCAGAAGGUUACCAAUUAGGCAAAAAACACCAGAGGAGAUGAGAACGGAGAGGGUUUUGAAGAUUUUAGGUUUGUCCGGGGAUCAAAACAACGCCCAAAGUCCAUUCAGAAAGCACUAUACAAAAACCACAUACUCUCCCAUUUGGCGGCAAGGAAGUAUGAUUGCUAGGCAACCACAGCCAAAGCAAAGAUUCCCAACCAAGCUAAAAGACGAUUAUGAUGAUACUGAAAAUGAACUAGCAACAUUUUUAGCAGCGCGUAUGUUGUCAAAAUACCCAACAUACAAAACUAAAAUGAACCAAAAAAGGGAGGAGACAGAGGAGGAGGAAGUGGGGUCAUUUGAGAGAGCGGUUAGGGACUAUUUUGAUCAACUGGACUCGGACAGAAAUGAAAAUAAACAGUCCGACUUGGAGCAGAGAGGAGCAGAGGAUUUCGACAAUGAAGAAGUGAUGAAGUUGCUAAGCUUUGUAAACCCUGAUACUGAACAAGAUGCCAAAAACACAGAGUAA